AUGGCUCCGUGCCCCCGCUCCGACGGCCCCCCCGGGCCCCGUGCCCUCCUCCUGCUGCCGCUGCUCUGCUGGGCCGUGGCCUCCCGCAGCACAGCUACCACGGCCCUGCAGCCCCCCCGCAUCACCACCCUGCGGAUGCCAGCAGAGCACCCCCGCCUGGGCUGCGGUGUGAAGAUCUCCUGCGAGGCCGUGAGCAGCCUCCCCGACCUCACGCUGCUCUACUGGCUGGGGAACGGCUCCUUCAUCGAGAAGCUGCACCCGGACGGGGCCGUGCACGAGGGGAUGCUGCUAGAGGAGCCGCGGGGCUCGGGGGUGGUCCUGCGCCGCGACCUGCUCUUCAGCUCCUUCAGCGCCCGGGACCUGCGCACCAACUUCACCUGCGUGGUGCUGAGCCCCGUCGGCCUUGACACCAGGGAGGUGCGAUGGGGCCCCCCGGAGCCGGCCCCCACCGAGAGCAGGGGACCGGGCUGAGACCGGGCAGCAGCUCGUGACGGGUGAGAGCCCCACGGUGCGGGGCAAGGGCUGCCCCGGCCGCAUGGGAAGGGAUGCUCCGUGGGACCGGCGUGGGGGGAAACCCUCCUGCCCCUGCCCGGAGCUGCCCCCAGCCCGGCCCUUGCCGGACCCUGGCUGGCCGCAGUGCGGUGGGCUCUCACCCUGCCCACCCCCAGCUCAGGAGGCUGCUGUGGGGGCUCUUUGCCCAGCCCCAGGGCUUCGGCCCUGCUCUGACGGACGCAGCCCCGCUGCGGGGCUCCUGGUGCCCCUCGCCCCCCGGGACCUGCCCGCAGCAGGUUGUGGGGCAGCAGGGAUUCAUUAAAGUGCAUUGAGGCUGCCUGGUGUCACCUGUGUGCUGGGGGUGCAGGGGACACCCGUGGGGUGAGGAGGAAGGCGAGGUGCCCACGGUGCCGGCAGAGCUGAGUGAGUGCCGUGCGCUG